AUGGAAUCUUUAAAAUUAAAAGCAUUGAGGGUUAAACGUACUGGUUUAAGAACUUCUUUUACGAAAACUGCGAAUGUCGUAAAAGUAGAGUUAAGUGAGGAAGAAUUUUCCUCAGAUGUAGUACGAGAUAAAAUUACUAAGUUAACAAACGUACAGUUAGAACUUAGAACACUUGAUAAUCAAAUUCUUGAUUUGUUGGUUUCUGAUGAGAAUACUUUAGAGGAAGAUGUUAAUAAAGAAAUAGAGCAGUGUGAAAUGUAUUCUGAUGAAUUCAUAACUUUGUCUCGACAAGUAAAUGAGAAAUUUCAAAAUCCUGAACAAGUUAAAUUAGAAUCGAGGUCAGCCGAUAGUGCUGACAUUUCCUUGAAUAGGAUUAAACAAUAUAGACUUCCGAAAAUUGAAUUAAAAAAGUUUGACGGGGAAUUUAUAAAUUGGUUGCCGUUCUGGUCCCAAUUUGAAAAAACUCACAGUGACCCUGAUUUGUAUGAGAGUGACAAAUUUGCCUAUUUAAUUCAGUGUAUGAAAUUCGGUUCUCGAGCUAGAGAGUUUAUUGAAAGUUAUCCAGUUACUUCCGAGAAUUAUGAUAAAGCUGUUUCAGCUUUGAAAGAACGUUUCGGAAAACCGGAACUAUUAGUAGAAGUAUAUGUCAGAGAGUUGAUUAAGUUAAUUGUUUCUAAUGUUAAAGCAAAUAGUAAGGAUAAAUUAUCACUCGAUAAACUCUAUGAUAAAAUUGAAGCUCAUUUGAGAGCCUUGAAAUCUUUAGGUUUAAAGUCGCACGAAAAUACAGCUUGGUUGUUUCCGAUGGUGGAAUCAUGUCUUACCGAGGAUGUUUUGAAAGCGUGGCAAAGAAGUUCGCUCUUUAACGAGCCUGAAGGGGUUGAUGUUUCUCGCCUUUCCAAUUUGAUGAAAUUUUUGAAAGCUGAAGUGGAGGGUGAAGAGAGGCUAAAACUGGCUCGCAGUGGGUUAGAUAAUUUUAGUCAUAAAGACGGAAAUCGUGAGUUGAAAGGAAAAUUUAAGUUUCAGAAACAAGCUCACAUUUCCACUGCUUCAAGUUUUCUUAGCACUAAGGAUCGAGCUUGUCUUUUUUGUGAUAAAAUGCAUGAUUGUAAAAAUUGUUAUGGGGCACGUGCAUUAUCUCUGAAUGAAAGGAUAGCUAAAGUUAAAGAAAAGAAAUGUUGUCUAAAAUGUUUAGAGCCAAAUCAUAUAGCAAAAUUUUGUAAACAGUUUAUUAAAUGUUUUUCUUGCGGUAAAGCGCAUUUAAAUAUUUUAUGCCCAGAGUUGAAUAAACCAAUUCAGGCAAUAGAGGAAAAGACGGUAGCUGAAAUAUUGCAUACAACUACAGUCGGGCAAACUUGUACCCCGGAGGUAGCUCUAAUGACUUUGUGGGUAAAAGUAGCAGGAGUUAAGGAGUGUAAAGAAAUAAGAGCCCUUUUAGAUUGUGGUUCCCAAAAAUCAUACAUUUUGGAAUCAUUAGCCAUAGAGCUAGAAUUACCCGUUGUGUCAAAAGAAAAUGUAGCUCUUACUUUAUUUGGGGGUACUAAAACUGAACCAAAGUUGCAUAACAAAUACAGAGCAAAAUUGUGCUCGGUCAGCUCGUAUAGGUAUCCAAAUUUAGAAUUUGAAUUCUUGGAUCAGAAGGUAAUUUGUGGGGAUAUACCUCGGGUACCAAAGGGUCCGAUAUUGAAACAAUUAAAGCGAAAUCGGAUUUGGUUGUCGGAUUUAGGUGAAAAUUGUCCUAAAAUAGAAAUGCUCAUAGGUAGUGACAUUUACGGGAAAAUUCUUACCGGGCGAGUUAAGCAAUUGAAAGGAGGUUUAACCGCUAUUUGUACAAAAUUGGGCUGGACAGUUUGCGGUGUAUCAGAUGAUUUUCAUAAAGGGAAAAAUGCUUCUGCCUUUUGUACGAAUUUAGCAAUACAGGAUUUCAAGAUUUCUGAUCUUUGGAGCUUAGAAACCAUCGGAAUUUUGGAUGCUAAUCUCAAUUUAAAUAAUUCUUUAGAGGAAAAAAUAGCACGUGAGCAAUUUCUGAAUUCUCUCUCGAGAAACGAGGAGGGUCGUUAUAGUGUGGGAUUACCUUGGCUGGGAUGCAAUGUAGAAUUGCCCUCAAAUCGUCAUAUAGCCGAAAAGAGAUUGUUCAAUGUCACCCAUAGACUUAAAUCUUUGAGAAAAUAUGAGGAAUAUGAUAACAUUUUUAAACAGUGGUUAGAAGAGGGUGUAGUCGAAGCGGUACCAAAUAAUGAAUUGCAUUUUAAAGGGCAUUAUUUACCUCAUCACCCAGUCUUUAAACCUAGUAGUGUUACGACUAAGAUAAGACCCGUUUUUGACGCGUCAUGCAAAGUUAAUAGAUCACCAUCCCUUAAUGAUUGCUUGGUUAAAGGCCCAAAUUUAAUCGAAGAAAUUCCAUCUAUUUUGUUGGGUUUUAGAGAGAAAAGUAUUGGUGUUACGUCCGAUAUUCGGCGUGCAUUUUUGCAGAUUGAGUUGAGGAAAGAAGAUAGGGACUUUUUGAGAUUUUUAUGGUGGGAGAAAGGCAAGUUGAAGGUUCUUCGUCGCACAAGAGUCGUGUUCGGGGUAAGGCCGAGCCCAUUUUUACUGGGGGUGGUUAUUUCCUUCCAUUUGUCGAAAGUACCGCCUGAUCAAAACGAUAUUGCACGAAAAUUAGACAGAGCAUUUUACAUUGAUAAUUGCGUGACUUCAGUAGAUAAUGAAAAGGAUCUCGUGGAUUUUGUAAAAUCCUCUACUGAAAUUUUAGCUGAAGCUCGAAUGGACUUGCGAAUGUGGACAUAUGGUCCAGCAGAGAAAGAUAUUGAAUUGGCGCCAGAAUAUUUGAGCGCAGAUUCCCCGGCAGAGAAUCCCGUUCUAGUUUUAGGAAUUAUGUGGGACAGAAAGUUAGAUAAUCUUCACGUAAAAAUUGAGAACGUAGCGGUUUCAGAGAAAGUGACUAAAAGGGAGGUUUUGUCUUUAACGCAAUCAAUUUUUGAUCCCUUGGGAUUUUUGACACCUGUUUUAUUGCAAGCGAAGUUGUUACUACAGGAAAUUUGGGAGAUGAAAGUGGACUGGGAUGCCCCUUUACCCGGUAUUACUAGAAACAAAUUUUUAAAAUGGUAUAAUCAACUGAAAAUUCUGAAUGAUUUGCGAAUACCGCGACGUAUAGGGUUCGGAGAUCGAAGUACCUGGUCACUUCAUAUAUUUUGUGAUGCUAGCCAGCAUGCAUAUGCAACGGUAAUUUUUUUGAGGUCUGAGAGUGAAGGGGAAAUAUUUGUUAGGUUUGUAGCAGCCAAGUCAAGAGUUACUCCAUUAAAAGGAAUUACUAUUCCGCGUCUAGAGCUUAUGUCAUGUGUUUUAGGUGUGCGCCUUUCUAAAUACGUGUCGGAAGCACUCGCAUUACAUGUAGCUAAAUAUUUUUGGACAGAUUCCAGCACAGCAUUAUUUUGGAUACAAAGAAAUGACGCGUGGGGAACUUUUGUGGGUAAUCGUGUUAGGGAAAUUUGCUCAGUUACAAACACAAAUCAGUGGUCACAUAUUUCAAGUCAUUUAAACUUCGCAGAUUUACCUUCACGCGGUUGUUUGCCUCUUCAGUAUUCUAAAUCAGAUUGGUGGAGUGGGCCUGUUUGUCUUAAAAGUCCUAAAGAUAAUUGGCCAAAAUCUGAGGUUAAAGCAAGUGAAACUUUAGUUUUUGCAGAACGCAAGAAAGGCAUAUGUUUAAAUCUCAGUGCCGUAGUAGAAAGUGAUAGAGUUAAAUGGUACGAGAAGUUUUCUAAAUUUUCAAAAAUGAUACCAGUUUUAAGUUGGGUAAAAAGAUUCAUUAAAAAUUGUCAAAAAGUAACGGUAAUUCGAGAACCUUUCUUGCUAGAUUCCGAAAUAAAAGAAUCUAAAAUCGCGCUUCUUGCUCUUGUUCAGACGGAAAGUUUUCCGGAAAUGGGAGACUCUAUUGGCGGCAUUUUGACCAUAAGAGAUCAAAGUGGUUUAAGAAGAGUAAGAACACGAAUCGUCGAAAGAGAAGAUUCCUAUGAAUUCCGGUAUCCUAUUUUGUUGCCAUCGAAGCACUACAUAGUGAACUGUUUUGUGAGAGACUAUCACUUGAAAUAUUCACAUGCUGGAACUCAAGCAUUGACUGUUAUAAUGAGAGAAGAAUUUUGGAUAAUAGGUGCUAGGCGCAUAAUCCGAUCAAUUGUUAAGAACUGUGUUCGAUGUAAAAGAUUUGCUGCAAAACCUCCAACUACUGGAUCCAUUCAGUUACCAUUGGACAGAGUUCGUGAUGCUUUCGCCUUUGAAGUCACCGGAAUAGAUUUAUGCGGUCCGCUUAUCCUCUGGAAUAAAACUAAGACUUGGAUAGUAUUGUUUACGUGUGCGGUAUACCGAUGCGUACAUUUAGAGUUGGUGUCAUCCAUAAGCACAGAGACCUUCAUACAAGCGCUUCGGCGUUUCAUAGCCCGAAGAGGUCGUCCGUCUGUUGUGUACACCGACAAUGGGACUAAUUUUGUUGGAGCGUCAAGAUUGCUGAGAAAAAUAGAAUGGAAAAAGGUGAUAUCGCUGGAAACGUUAAGCCCCAUCACUUGGAAUUUUAUUCCGCCCACAGCUGCGUGGUGGGGCGGAUGGUGGGAGCGUCUAGUUCGUACCACUAAGGAAUUAUUAGUGCGAGUUUUGGGACAAGCAUCCGUAACCUAUGAGGAAUUACUUAUUCUCCUAUGUGACGUGGAGUCGGUAAUGAACUGUCGUCCUCUAACAUAUGUCUCGAACGACACGGAGGAUUUAACGCCUUUAACACCUUCUAUGUUUAUACAGGACAUUAAAUUUUCAGGAACCCCAGAUUUGGACCUGUUAGACCGAGAUAAACUUUUAGUACGCCAACGCUUUUGCCAAGAGUUGCGGGAACAACUUCGAAGUCGUUUCCGCAAGGAGUAUCUCGGACAACUAGUGCAGAGACAUGGACAAACUCACUGUGAGCUGAAAUUAGGGGACAUUGUAUUGGUUGGAAGCGAAAAUCUCAAACGAAUUAACUGGCCAAUCGCGCGUAUUCAAGAACUGUAUACUGGAAGAGAUGGAAGGGUAAGAGUUGUUAAAGUAAAAACCCAAAAUGUGACAAAGCUAAAUUGUUUAGGACUUGUUGGAAAUGCAAUGGAGUCAGAAGCUAUGCAGAAAUUACCUUCAAGUUUAAAAUUUAAGCAGAUUGGUACAAAAGACGCACCAUUUAGAGUAUUCGGGUACGAGAUUAAGGUUGUUGCUGGUGCUGUUUAUGUAAUUGUUGCUGAUUUUGUUAACGUUGCAAUGACUGUAGCCACUGUUGCUGUUAUAUUAGGAAGUGCCUUGCCUACUUCAAAAGUAAAGAUAGACUUGAUUCAGUACAGGGCCCCGAAAAUCAUUACAUCAUCUACAAAUAACAUCAAAGCUGGAAAAGAAUGUGGCAUCACCCUUUUGGAUAACAGAAGAAAACUCUCGGUUGUUAAAUUCACGAAUAAGAUACAAAGCCCACCUGAAUACCAUAUUUCCAGCAGAACUUUCAGAAUCGGCGCUGCAAGUCAUUCAGAAGGGCAAGUGCCACUUAAGUUAAGAAAUCAUCCAAUCCAUCGACAAGUCAUUGCAACCAAUAAAUCUUGCACGUUACAAUGGAUACCAGCCCAUGUAAAUAUCCUUGGUAAUGAGAAAACCGAUGAGGUUGCCAAGGAGUCUAGAUUCUACCCUCUGUCAUCGAACCUCCCUUUAAUUGAUGCCGAUGCUGUGGCCAGCCGUAGAUUUAUCAGCAAUAGUUUUAAAACUUCCAUUCCAGCCCUAACUGUAAUCCUAAACUGUAAUCGAACAAUAGCAUCGAUAAUAACCAGGCUUCGAACAAAAUAUGUAAAGGGCAUGAAAAUAUCAAAUGACGGAGUAAGACGUUACUCAAUUCACUGCCCACAUUGCCCUGACUUUCAACUGUCUCCUCAGUAUGGCUUCGCCUGCCCAGCAAUUCAGGCCAGGCUUCUCAAGAUCAGUAUGGAUGACCCAAAUGAUAUGAUUCUUUUAGAAAAGGCUGUGGAGGAGUAUGCAACUACAUUUGUGUUGCAAUGA